ACGGCGGCGAGGAGGUCUCGGCGGGCUAUUGGCUCUCGGUAGCGGCCCAGGCGGCUCGAGGGCUUGAAGAGCGAGCGGGGGCCCCGAGGGCCGGGCCGGGGGGACCCGGGGCUGCAGCAUGGAGGACCAGAGGGAGGCUCUUCGUAAGAUCAUCACUACCCUAGCAGUGAAAAACGAAGAAAUCCAGACGUUUAUCUAUUCCUUGAAGCAGAUGCUGUUGAAUGUGGAGGCAAACUCCACCAAAGUGCAGGAGGACCUGGAAGCGGAGUUCCAGUCACUGACGUCUCUACUGGAAGAGCUGAAAGAGGGCAUGCUCAUGAAGAUUAAGCAGGACCGUGCCAGCCGCACCUAUGAGCUUCAGAACCAGCUAGCUGCCUGCACCCGGGCCCUGGAGAGCUCUGAGGAACUGCUGGAGACAGCCAAUCAGACCCUGCAGGCUGCGGACAGUGAGGACUUUCCACAGGCUGCCAAGCAAAUCAAAGAUGGUGUGACCAUGGCCCCUGCCUUCCGGCUGUCACUGAAGGCCAAAGUCAGCGACAACAUGAGCCACCUCAUGGUGGACUUUGCUCAGGAGCGCCAGAUGCUGCAGGCCCUCAAGUUCCUGCCUGUGCCCAGCGCCCCUGUCAUCGACCUGGCUGAGUCCCUGGUAGCAGAUAACUGUGUGACCCUGGUGUGGCGCAUGCCAGAUGAGGACAGCAAGAUUGACCACUACGUGCUGGAGUACCGCAGGACCAACUUUGAAGGUCCACCCCGUCUCAAGGAGGACCAGCCCUGGAUGGUCAUUGAGGGAAUCCGGCAGACAGAACACACCUUGACAGGUCUCAAGUUCGACAUGAAGUAUAUGAACUUCCGCGUGAAGGCCUGUAACAAGGCAGUGGCUGGUGAAUUCUCUGAACCAGUGACCCUCGAGACACCAGCGUUCAUGUUCCGCCUGGAUGCGUCCACAUCUCACCAGAACCUGCGGGUGGAGGACCUCUCCGUGGAGUGGGACGCCAUGGGCGGGAAGGUGCAGGACAUCAAGGCACGCGAGAAAGAUGGCAAGGGCCGCACGGCGUCACCUGUCAACUCCCCAGCCAGAGGAACGCCAUCUCCUAAGAGGAUGUCCUCGGGUCGUGGAGGACGUGAUCGAUUCACAGCUGAGUCCUACACAGUGCUGGGGGACACGUUGAUUGAUGGUGGCGAGCACUACUGGGAGGUGCGCUUUGAGCCAGACAGCAAGGCCUUCGGUGUGGGCGUGGCCUACCGCAGCCUGGGCCGCUUCGAGCAGCUGGGCAAGACAGCGGCGUCCUGGUGCCUACACGUGAACAACUGGCUUCAGGUCAGCUUCAUGGCCAAGCACGCCAACAAGGUCAAGGUGCUGGACAAUCCCGUGCCCGACUGCCUGGGUGUGCACUGUGACUUCCACCAAGGCCUCCUGUCCUUCUACAACGCCCGCACGAGGCACCUGCUACACACCUUCAAGGCCAAGUUCACGCAGCCGCUGCUGCCCGCCUUCACCGUGUGGUGUGGCAGCUUUCAGGUGACAGCUGGCCUCCAGGUCCCUAGCUCCGUUCGCUGUCUGCAGAAGCGGGGUAGCGCGACCAGCAGUUCCAACACCAGCCUUACCUAGGCCACGGGCCCCUCACCCAGUGGGGUGCUUUGGGGGUGUCUCCACUAGGCCCUGGCCAGUUUGGCUGGGAACCUCCUCGGACCUGCUGCUUGGAGCCUUAACUCUGGAAGGGAGGGUCCCUAACACAGGGAGCAGCCACGGAGUGGCCCCUCCCCACCUCACUUCCUAAUAAAGGUCAAACACUG